CGCUAAAUGGGACCAUAGUUCACUCCUCUCUAUCCUCCCAGCUACUAGUUAUAUCUCAGUGACAAUACCCUAAAUCACCAGGGCAAGAUGAAACUCGAAGUUCUAGUGUCACUGCUGUUCCUCGUCACGUUCGUGACGUCAGAUGACCCCAGUCUUUAUACCUGUCAUGUGGGUGUGAGAGCUCCUGGUGUUACACAAGCCCCCAAUCCUCCUCCUAUGCCUUCAUUAAAUGGGGUCAAUGCUUUCACCACAAAGAUCGAGGCUGCAAUUAUUGAGACAAACACGACUGUGUCCGCGGAGGAAUAUUACGACUACAACAACAACAGAGCUGCCCUCUUCAUGCUGCUGUCCGGCGAUGUCUUCAAAUUGAUUUACGACUACAACACAAACGAACUUUUCUACGUCAACCCGGACUUGAGCUGUGAAACCCACAACCUUCAAAAUGACACGAAUAAUGUAUUCUUUGGGAACAUAAAACUCUCCAACCAUCUCCAUGUCUUCAACACGCUGGACGCCCUACAGUUCGCCACCAAUCAAGGACAGACGUACAUGGGUCAGACGACAGUCCGUGGCAUUCUCUGUGACUACUGGAGGACGUGUUUGAAUUGGCCUAUGGUCAAUUCCACAUUCACACUGGACUUUUACUUCACAAAUCCUAAAUGGAACACUCCCUCUGGAAUUUCUCAAGUUCCAGUCAGGGCGGAAAUUUUCGGCUUCAGAACAAAGGGCAAUGGACAACAACACAAGUUCCACCACGUGUACGAUUACACAGAAUUCCGUGUGGGACUUCCGGACGAUACAACCGUUUUCGAAACGCCCUCCAUGGUAGUAUGUACCAACCGGAAACAGGUUCGUCCUCCACCACAGAUAACGCAGGCAUUCAUCUACAGAGAGGAGAUUGUUCCCAAGUCUGGAAUCUCCACCACAGCUGAUGUGUGGUACGACAAAAGUCUGAGAUUAGUACGGUAUGAUUUCCGGCCACAUAACAACGCCGCACCUUACUACAAUACAGAUGCAGCCACGGAAGUUCAUGAUUUUAAUACAGGUGUUGCCUAUGCCAUUGAUCGGAUUAUGGCUAACUGUACAAUUAUACCCAUCAUGAACGCUUCCUUCGACGCAUCUAUCAAUGUCAGCGUGGCCUCCAAUCAGCAACAGUUUGUCCUCAAAAUGAAGAGUCCACAAGAUCUCUUUUACAUUGACAACAAUUACACAUACGCCGGACAGAGAUACGCCCGUGGUCAGCAAUGUGACGUCUUCAUCAGAAAGAGAUCGGACUUUAUGAUGAGUGGAGUAGCAAUCAACGCCACCUUAGAGUUCUACUUCCUCUCGAAAAAUCAAAUACAACUGAACAAUGAUGGGAUGGUGGUAUCUCAAGCAAGUGAUAUUCCUAUUCAACUGAAUGUCAACAUUCCCAGUAUUCACUACUCUGUGACGUACAGUAUUUAUAACUACGAUCCUGAAGAACCCGCCAUUAACAGCUAUGACGUCAGCACAUGUUACUCUGUCGACAAGAAAAUGGGAUUCAAAGUGACUUUUUAUGGAACGUUUGACGCCACAGUCAGAACCUACAAAGAUAUCUUCCUCUAUCAGUCAAUCUCAGUGGCAGCCAAUGCAGCAGGAGUUACUCCCCUUAGAAUAGCCAAGCCAAGUUUCCAUAUGGAGUCUGGCAAUGCUUAUUUCAUCGCCACCCUCCUGGACAGAGCCCCUGUACUACAGCGCUACCGGAAGAUACCAGGUCACGUGGUACAAUACAAUAAUGACGCAGUGAUACAGAACAUUCGGACCCCGGAUACGUGUGCAGAUCUCUGUAAUAGCAAUCCGAACUUUACCUGUAACAGCUUUGAAUACUGUUCCACGUCUAAAGUGUGUACCCUCAGCAAGAUCCACACCUCGGACGGACACAUGGUCAGCUCCACGCAGCAGUGCGACCUUUAUGACCGUACGUUGGGAAGCAAUGCGUAUGUUGAAGUUCCACUGUUAGACGCUUGGCAGAAUCUCAGAAACAGUGUGAUCAAGAAGCUCUUCCAAGUUAGCAUCAAAUACGACAAGAACAGUCAAGUAUACACCGCCCAGGAUAUCGUCAAUGAUGUGGUGGACAGCCAAGAUCUCCCUCCCUCAGCCACUGCCUCAUUGCAAUCAUUUAAAAGCAUGCCCAAUAGAUACGUUCCUAAUUUCGAUGACACCGUUUUUACCCACCAGUCCAUUGACGACUGCGCGCAGGCAUGUGUGGACCAGACUUCCUUCGUGUGUCAGUCCUUCGAAUAUCAGCUGAUAACAGGCACGUGUAUUCUCUCUCAUCUUCACCCAGACGAACAUCCAGGGGCCAUCAAGAACAUCCAAGGAACAGACCUAUACAUAAGGGACUACACGAGUAAAUUUACCAAGCUCCCAGGCCAGACCGUCCUGUCGUCCUCCAACGUGAUCUACCAGCAAGUCUUCGACACCAACCAAUGUGCAAAACUUUGUGACAACUACAUGGGCUUCAACUGCAAGUCGUUCGACUUCUGUUUCGACAUUGGCACAUGUUUCCUUGGGAAAACCCACGUUCUCGAUGUGCCUAAAGCUGAUGUUAUUUCCAAUCCCAUGUGCAACCAUUAUUCACGGAACUACACAGAAGAUUUCCAAAAGACGGCACGCCAUACUAUUCAGCUUGUGAACGACCGAAUAGUCACCGGCGUGACCUUGGCUCAAUGCGCCAAAAACUGUGUAGAUAUGGAGGCUGGAAGUUGUGCAUCCUUUUCAUAUUGUGAUCUGAAGUCCAUUUGUCGUUUGAGUACGGCCUCAUUGAAGAACGUUGGUCAAGUAUCCGCAACACCUAGCGCCACCUGUGAUAUGUACACAAGACAGUAUUUUCCUGAUGGCACAGGCUAUGUCUCCAACCCUCAACAGUACUUCUCAACUAAAUCUUCCUCCUCCUCAAAUGUGUCUUCCAGUUCUGCUGUGGGUAUAGCAGUUACUAUGCUGAUAUUGGGAGUCAUCUUCACAGUCGUCGGGAUUUUUGUUUAUCUCAGGAAAACUAACAAAAGAUUGCAAGACAUUAGACUACGAGCAAGUGAUUAAGUACACCUCGCACAACGUUUUUCAUCUCACAGUUAAAUGAAUCAAUCCAAGUCUCCAAGUGCCGUAUAUGUUUUUAUUUCACUUUGUGUGUUUCCAUGGAUGAAUUGUGCACGUGCAUCGGUAUGGGGAUCAUUUUCUUUCAGCAGGUGAAAGUUUUAUGGGAAUUAGAACAUAGUGAAUACGUUUUGUGUCAUACCCCCCAGAAAUGUAAACUAUUAUAACAUUCAAUGUCACAUCUAUAUUAAAUGUAAUUUAUACAAUAUC